AUUCGCGACAUGAAAUCUGGAAAGACUGGUGACGAACCCUCCCACCCUCUCUUGUCUUUGCGACCAAAACUAGUUUCAAGACGACCGGGCGAAAAUAUUUUUUCUUUCCCUUGAAGGAACGGAUGAUUGAGGCGUCAACUUCCCGACAUUUCCUCCGACAUCUGCCCUCUCUAGACAAAAGUUCGUGGAUCCUCCAAGAGUUUGGGAACUAAAGAUUGAUAGAAAAGCCUCCUUUUUUCUGUAGGUGGGAACUUUGAAAACAUGGAUUGGGGGACGGAUCUUUGGGACCAGUAUGAUGGUAUUGAUAAACACACCCAGUCAGGACUGGAUCUGGCGGACCGAUAUGUGAAGUUUGUCAGAGAACGGACCGAGAUAGAACAGAACUACGCCAAGCAACUCAGAAACCUCUCCAAGAAAUACCUUAAACGAGGCAGCAAGGAGGAGCAAGAGUGUGGGUUCACCAAUCACCAGUCAUUCCAGGACAUUGUGAAUGAGCUGAAUGACUAUGCGGGCCAGAGAGAGCUGAUAGCAGAGAACAUGAUGACUGGAAUCUGUGUAGAACUCACCAAAUACCUUCAGGACCUCAAACAAGAACGCAAAACAUACCUGGCCGAUGCCAAAAAAGCUCAACAGAACUUGGAGAUCAGUUUCAAACAGCUGGAGAAUACAAAGAGGCGUUUUGCCAAGGAGUGGGGAGAGGCAGAGAAAGCCACACAGCAAGCGGAGAAAAUUGAGAACGACACAAACGCUGUGAAAGCAGAUGUUGAGAAGGUGAAGCAACAUGCCCAUGUGAAGUUAAUACAGCAGAGGAGUGCAGGAACGACUACGCCGCCCAGCUCCAGAAAUACAACAAGGAACAGAACACCUUCUACUACACAGAGAUACCGCAGCUGUUUAAUAAGCUGCAGGAUAUGGAUGAGCGGCGUAUCAGGUGCUUGGCAGAGGGCUACAGUCAGUUUGCUGAGGUAGAGAAGAAGGUUUUACCCAUCAUCACUAAAUGUCUG